AUGGCUUCUCUCAGGACUCAGCAGGCCGCUCGCCUUCUCCGCUGCGCGACGGCCACCCGCACCGCCAUGCCGCUGGCUGCUCGCCGCUUCCAGAGCUCCGUCACCACCGCGCCCGCUGCCGUGCCCUCGAGCGACCCGAACCAGCCCGACUACGAGAUCAACCACGACAAGGCCACCUCUACCUUCACCCCCGUCCCCAAGCGCAUCCAGGAUGGCAGCGAGGACGUCCCCUACUUCCAAGCCGCCACCGUCUCCGGCGCUCCCAUGGAGCUUCAGGGCCGCACAGUCCGCAUCUACCAAGAGACCAAGCCUGCCACCCAGUCCGGCAACUGGCAGGGCCACCACUGGCGCAUGGACUGGGACAUCCUCCCCAAGGGCCACCGAUGGGAGAACCCGCUGAUGGGCUGGCAGUCGUCCGGUGACAUGAUGCAGGGCACCAAGCUCAACUUCAAGACCAAGGAGGACGCCAUCCGCUUUGCCGAGAAGCAGGGCUACGAGUUCUUCGUUCAGGAGCCCCAGAGCCGCAAGAUUGCGCCCAAGGCGUACGCCAACAACUUCUUGUACUCAGCGAGGAACCUGAAGCACAUCCGCACGAAAUAG